CAGAAACCAAAUUAGUACACUGUAUAGUGUGCACUCCCAAACUCGCCACCUGGCCUCUCCCGCAGGUAAGGCAGUGUUAAACAAAGACACUAGAAUCGCGUGUACAAGUUUCAAACUGGAAUACUAGCAGAAGACCGUUUCUCGAUUUUGCUGCCUCCUUUUUUUUUUUUAAUUUAUUACCUUUAGCGAAAAAACACUACUACUAGUGGCAGCAAUCUAAUCCCACACUACACCAGUUUUUGACCAAAGUUUCACCAUCGCCCUUCAUUACUGUGUAGCACCAUUUUUAACCAAAUGGGCAAAUGGGCAAGUACCAAACCCAUCUGCUUCUUCUUGGCAAUCUAGAAAGUGACCCGUUUUUUGGAGAUUUGGCAAUGUCUCUGUCUCCUUUUAAUUUCGAACGAUAACUUCUUCUUUUAAUUUUGUAACAGAGUUUACAGCUAUUUCAGCCGUAGACUGAUAGAGAUUGGCCCUUUUUUGAGUUUUAGCUGAUCUGGGGUGCUGAUCAUUUUCAUUCUGCUUCUUUUUUGUUUGUCAACCUACGACCAUGGUUGCUGGAAAAAUGAAAGUGGCAAUGGGGUUACAGAAAUCUCCUUUGAUUACCCCCAAAUCAUCAAAGCAAACGCCUCCUCCGCCGGCGGCUCAUGCCUCUCCGAAACCGGCAUUUUCCUCCUCAGCCAGUUCCGGGAAGCAACAACCGCAGCCCAAAGAAAAAGGUGGGGUUUUUUCACGGUCAUUUGGAGUUCACUUCCCACGGUCCUCUGCUCAGGUCCAGCCUCGUCCGCCGGAUGUGGCGGAGCUGCUACACUUAGUGGAACAGCUCAGGGAAAGAGAGUCAAGGCUGAAGACUGAGCUGCUUGAGCAGAAGCUUCUGAUGGAGUCCAUUGCUAUUAUACCGGUUUUGGAGAAUCAAAUUGCCAGUAAAGACGCCGAGCUCGACAAGUCACGGAGGAAGAUGGAUUGUUUAGAGGACGAAAAUGAAAGGUUACGUCAAGAAAUUGAGGUCUUACACAUGGAAAUUUCCAAGCAGAACGGUAGAUUCGAAGACAAGAUCAAGUGUCUCGAAUUUCAGGUUACGGAAUUGAAGAAGAUUAAUGAAGAAUUAACGACUGCUGCAGCAGCACAACAAAAACAGAGUUUGGAUUCUUCGUUACAAAAAUCUGUGCCUAUCAAGUGUUUGAGAAAAAGUUCGAGCUCGAAUGCAGCUCCGGCGAGCAUUGAAUUCUGCACCAGUACGAAUAGUAAUGCUACUGCAGUUAAAACAUCAUCUGAGGUUGAGACGAAAAGGGAAGAAAUUACAGCCAAUUCAUCGACGGAGAACGAAAAGCCAAGGCAUUCUCGUUGCAAUUCGGAAGAAAUUGCUGAGACUUCGGAAGGUAUUAUUAUGGGAUUAAGAACCCGAGCUCCACGGGUUCCUAGACCGCCUCCACGGCCAUCAUCGUCGAUUCUUUCAUCCGGUUCAUCGUUGUCAUCUUCCUCAUUACUAUCUUCUUUGUCUUCUCCUUCUUAUGGGUCGUUAUCGGAUUCCGCUGAGAGAGCAUUGGCUGAGAUAUCGAACAUUCCGCCUCCUCCCCCUCCUCCUCCGCCGUUGAAAUCGGCGGCUCCUCCUCCUCCACCACCACCGCCACCAUCAGCUCCACAGUCUAAGGCUGAGGUGCCACCUCCACCGCCGCCACCACCACCAUCAGUUUCACAGUCCAAGGCUACGGCGCCACCUCCACCGCCUCCACCCCCACCAAUUUCACAGUCCAAGGCUUCGGCGCCGCCUCCGCCGCCUCCACCUCCUAGUAAAGGGUUGAAUCCGGUACCCGCAAAGGUGAGGAGGAUCCCUGAGGUAGUUGAAUUUUAUCAUUCAUUAAUGAGGAGAGAUUCCCGGCGGGAUGCCGGAGGUGGCGCCGCCGAGAUUCCUGCGCCGGGUGCAACGGCUAAGGACAUGAUUGGAGAGAUCGAGAACCGUUCAACCCAUCUGCUGGCGAUUAAAACGGAUGUAGAAACUCAAGGAGAUUUCAUUAGAUUCUUGAUCAAAGAAGUCGAAAACGCUGCUUUCACAGACAUUGAGGAUGUUAUACCUUUUGUGAAAUGGCUAGAUGAUGAGCUAUCCUUCUUGGUUGAUGAAAGGGCAGUGUUGAAGCACUUCAACUGGCCAGAGCAGAAGGCAGAUGCAUUGAGGGAAGCUGCAUUUGGGUACUCUGACCUGAAAAAACUCGAAUCCGAGGCGUCCUCAUUUCGGGAUGAUCCUAGACACCAAUGUGCUUCAGCUCUCAAGAAAAUGCAGGCCUUAUUCGAAAAAUUAGAGCAUGGUGUUUACAAUUUGUCAAGAAUGAGAGAAUCUGCAGCAAAUCGAUACAAAGGGUUUCACAUUCCAAUGGACUGGAUGCUAGAUACUGGAUAUGUCAGUCAGAUAAAGCUGGCAUCUGUGAAAUUGGCCAUGAAGUACAUGAAGAGAGUUUCAGCAGAGCUUGAAAUAGUGGGUGGUGGUCCCGAAGAAGAAGAGCUAAUAGUUCAAGGCGUUAGGUUUGCGUUCCGGGUUCAUCAGUUUGCGGGAGGGUUUGAUGUGGAGACAAUGAGAGCAUUUCAAGAGCUGAGAGACAAAGCAAGGUCAUGCCAUGUACAAUGUCAAAAUCAGCAGCAACACAAGUUCCUUUGCCGCCCCACAGCUUACUGAUGAAAUUGAUGACGAUGAUCCAUCCGUUUAUCUGUAGCAAACUCAGCUUCAGAACUGUGCCCUCCUAUUUUGUUGUUGUAAAGAUUAAAAGAGUAGAAAGCGAGAGAGACAGAGAAUCAUAGAGAGAGAGAUGACCGAUGAGAUGUGAAUAUGUAUAAUUAUGGUUGGUUGCUGCUCAGAGUUGCAGAACUUAUCAGAACGAACGAGAACAUUCAAUUGAUUUGAAUUUAUAGAGAUUAAAUUAUUUCCUCAUCAUCUUUAACUCCAAAAGAACACAUCAAAUUAAAUCAUCGCUCCAUGUCAAUUGCAUCCAGCCUGCCUUGCUGGAUGUGCUCCCUACUAGUACUAGUUAGCUAUGGACCAAUUUAUCUGAUGAAUAUUUUCGACCUCAUCUCCGCAACUCACGAGUCAAAAUCGCAAUCGAUAUCGUGUGUUGCUUGCCCGUGGGGGAUGCUGAUGAGGUCCUGCGUUUUUGUUCUUACAAGUUUUUAUUUUGCUAAAUACUAUUGGAUUUGCCUCCCA